AUGGACCCAGGGGGCCCUGAGUUCCAUCACCCUGAGACCAACCCUCUCAUGCAGCGCAUCGGCGGGCAAUGGGCAGGUCCUCCGCUCCAGAAAUCCUUCCAGCUCGAAGUCGCCAACCUUCUUGGGCGAGGGAGAAAUACGUCGUUCCCGGGAGCCCAACCCGUCUCUUUCUCUGCAGAGCACAUUCAAGAACUCAAGAGUCAAGACUACUACGUCUGCGAAAAGACAGACGGCCUGCGCUACCUCUUGUAUCUCACCCAAGACGGCGACAGGGACAUCCACUACUUCAUCGACCGAAAGAACGACUACUGGUAUGUGCCCAAUCUGCACUUCCCGCACCACGAAGACAAAACAUUCCGACGAUUUCACACGGGCACGAUACUGGAUGGGGAACUGGUGGAAGACAGAUACCCGGAUCGGGAGCCGGUCAUCAAAUUCCUCGUGUUCGACUGCCUUGUCCUCGACCAUGUGGUCUUCAUGCAACGUCCUCUCGACAAACGCCUUGCCUACUUCCACAACCACGUCCUCCAGCCCUACAAUGCCAUGUUCAAGCAACAUCCAGAAUACACCAGGCCAUUUGUGCUCGAGGACAAACAGAAUGAGUUCAGUUACGCUCUGGAGAAGAUGUUCAAAGAAGUCAUCCCGAGGGUGAAACAGAUGCACGGAAAUGACGGCUUGAUUUUCACCUGCCGCGAUGCACCCUACAAGAUGGGCACAGAUCCACAUAUUCUCAAAUGGAAACCUCCCUCGGAAAAUACAGUUGAUUUCCUCCUCCGUAUCGAAUGGGCCAGAAUGGACCCGGACCCCGAUGAUCCAGAUCAAUCCCCGCAGCCCGACUUCUACUCGAUCCCCGAGAAGUUUUCCCUAUUCAUCCACCUCGGGAGUAACGAAUACUCAUACGUCGACGACAUGUACGUCGAGCCCCAGGAAUGGGAAGAGUGGAAGACCCUAGACCACCCUCUGCAGGACAUCAUCGUGGAAUGCUACCAGGACGAGCUGCAGCGGUGGCGGUUCCAUCGGUUCCGACACGACAAGGAGAACGCCAAUCACGUCAAGGUGUUCAAGAGUGUGAUCAGGUCGAUACAUAGCCAUGUGACGGAGCAGGAUCUGCUGAAUCACGCCGCCGAGAUCAGAGCAGCCUGGAAACUUCGCGUCGAGGAGGAGAAGCGGAAGAGACUGUCAGUGAAGCAGGAGGGGUGA